UACCUCCCCGUUUCAUUUUCUCCAUAGCGAUGCUGUAAAUCACACGAUUUUCUACUGUACAAUGGUUUCUCAUCCAUUUUAGGAACUAGGGUAUUUAGACGUUUCGGUGGCCUAUUUUCAUCCACAUGACUACACGAUGUAGUAUGGAAAGCAGCAGGCCCAUUCAUGCCAGUUUUACACUGCUGCUAAUUGUGCAUAUCGAUCCGAUAAUAGUACAUCUAUUGAGUAUUAUUGGCAUUUGAAACGCUUAAUGCUAACAACUGUAUCAGUCAAUGAAUGAGGAAUUAGUCAAUCUAGCAUCUCCUUUGUUCCGUCCUUACGGCAGUAGUUACCUAGUUUGUUCCACGGGCAUAUGGUUGCUAGUGAAUAGAAAAUAAGAAAAUUGUUUCUCUUUCAUUUUAGGAACUAGGGUAUUUUGACUUUUCAGUGGCCGAUUUUCAUCCGCAUGGGUACACGAUGUAGCAUGUAAUGCAGAAAAUUUGUCCAUGCCAGUUUUAUGUUGCUGCUCAAUGAGCAUAUCGAUCGGAAACCGUACGUCUAUUGAGUAUCAUUGACAUUUGAAUCACUUAGUGCUAGCAACUGUAUCAGUCAAUGGAUGAGAAAUCAGUCAAUCUAGCAUCUCCUUUGUUCGUCCUGUGCCAUCCGGCCGGCCAUAAGAUAGUAGUUACGUAGUCUGUUCCAAGGGCAUAUGGUUGCUAGUAAAUAAAAUAAGAAAAUUAUCUCUCUUUCAUUUUAGGGACUAGGGUAUUUUGAUGUUUUCGGUGUCCGAUUUUCAUCCACAUGGGUACACGAUGUAGUGUGUCAUGCCAGUUUUACAUUGCUGCUCAAUGAGCAUAUCGAUCGGAAAACAGUACAUCUAUUGAGUAUCAUUGGCGUUUGAAUCACUCAGUGUUAGCAACUCGGUCAGUCAAUGAAUGAGAAAUCAGUCAAUCUAGCAUCUCCUUUGUUCGUCCUGUGCUGUCCGGCCGGCCAUAAGACAGUAGGUACCUAGUUUGUUCCACGGGCAUAUGGUUGCUAGUGCAUAAAAAAUAAGAAAAGGUUGUGUCAUCUAGCUCGUUUCACGCGUAUGGGCGAUGUUAGCCAAAUAACCGACCUCUGAAAGUUCAGUAAUGAAACAUGGAGAAGAAAACAAUGGUUACAGAUGUGAUGGCAUGGCUGUCAAUAUAUAAGUCUGAUAGGGCAUCUCGUGAUUGAGGCUCUUCCCAAAGCCAUCCCAUUCCCAUGGACACCCCAUCUGAAACCUUGGUGUCUAUCGAGGAGCAAUCGCAGAAGUCGAUGGAGAAACUUGAGGCCAAUUUCUCCAGCAUAGGAACCAAGAUCCACAGGUUCCCACGAGGCCUGCGGUGUGUAAGCAGAGAUGGCCGCUACAUCGAACCGAGCUUUGCGUCCUUCGGCCCGUACCACCAUGGCUCACCUCAAGUGCAAGAGGUGGAGGAGGUGAAGCAUGUGGCUGCUCACUACCUCUGCUUGAAGUCGGGCCACUCGUUCGAGGAGGUCUACAGCAAGAUUGCUUCCAUCUCCGGAGAAGCCCGGAGCUGCUACGCCGAUGGUGAUGCCGCCGUUGCUCGUUUCAACGAUGUCGAGCUUGCGAAUAUGAUGUUCCUUGAUGGUUGCUUUCUGCUGUGGUAUUUAUUAGAUGAGAAGGAACCUGCUCUACUGCUCAAUCGGAUGAUCUUGUCCACAGGGCCAUGCAUGCUUAGGGACAUUUUUCUGUUGGAGAACCAACUACCCUGGCUGGUGCUUGAGGCUCUCAUGACCUUUAUCAGUGUUCCUAUAUACAAGUUUAUUUUGAACAGAUCGUCAAAUUUUGAUGCCAGCUCAAACUUAAGGCUCUCUAAAGAGGAAUUCCAUAGGUACAAGCCACCGCAUCUUCUUGGGCUCUUCCGAUACUAUCACAUAGGUGCCAUGCCCCCUGAAGAUCAUAGCUACAAGUCCAGAUGCUUUGAGCUAUCAACUAGUGCGAUCGAGCUUGCGGAAAUCGGCAUCAAGGUGACCGCCAGCAACAAGAGAUGGUUCGCAGACAUGAGCAUCCAGAAAGGAUCCUUAACUGGCAAGCUUUUGCUGACGCCAUUGUUCCUGGACGACCCCACUGCUUGCUGGCUCGUCAACAUGGCGGCGUUCGAAGCGUGCACAUCUGUAGCAUAUCCUUGCGAUGGCUACACUAUCUGCUCCUACCUCUCUCUCCUGGCGAUGCUCAUGUGCAAUGUGGAGGACGUGCAAAAGCUGCGAGCUAAGCACCUCCUGCGCAGCUUCUUCAGCGACCAGGAGAUGCUCGAUUUCUUCAAGGGCCUUGCCUGCCAUCUUAAACUUGGCCACCGCUACAAAGUCACCUUGGGCAAGAUUGAUGAUUACAAGCGCGAGAGGCGUGUGCGGAUCGCUGUUCAUAAGUUCCUCUACAGGAACUUCAAGACCAUCGCUGCCCUGCUCUCCAUUGUGGGUGUGCUCGUGGGCAUCUUCAAAACCCUCCUCAGUCUGAAGCAACAUUAGCAAGUUCAUGCGUGCUGAGUUGAGAAACUAGUUUCUUUCGCAUUGAUCGAUUAAUGUGUCUGCUUUCUUAUGGUGUGAUGCUUUAUCGGCUGCGUACAUCUCUUGAUUCAAAGGAGAUCGAUACGAUGUUAUCCUCUGUUAUAAUUUUUUUUUAAAUACGGUUUGAUGAUGUUAUGCUGUAUCACGUGUAAAAUUAUUUCCCUGUUUCGAAAAAUUUGUGAGCCUUUCUGUUACUUUAGUCUGUUAAUAUAUCUCUUGAUUGCGC